CAAAGCCUUUGCGCUGCGGCUUAUUCCACUGGCGGUGCUGGGGGAGCAGGGAUUAACCCUGGCCCUGCUUCGAGCCGGGGGCUGCAGGCGGCGGCUCCGGGUACCAGGAGCGCGGGAUUAACGUGUUAACUCCCUCACGCGCUGGAGCAGAGCGAUCUUUCUCCCCCUCCCCCUUAUUUUUUUCCUUUCCCCCAUAAUUAACCCGUUCUACGCCCCUGCUAUAGAAGUGCUCUCCUUGCUCAGCGAUGCCGGCAGCGAUUUUUCCGGGCGGAUCUGCCUGAAUCGCCUGCCUUCCCUCUGACACAAAGGAGGCCCAUCGCUCCCAUCCUUCCAUCCUUCCCGCAGGCUGCCGGCGGGGCGAUCCCGGGGCCGCUGCCCGCGCGGGCUCCAUGGGCGGGAGGCAGCGGGGAAGGACGCCGAUGGAUGCUGCCGGUCCCUAGGGACGGCCGGCCGUGCCUGCUCAGCACUUGGCGGUCCGGCGGCCGGAGCCAGCGCUUGCGGAAUGCCCGCAGUGAUUUAAAACCGGCGGCCAGGAGCCUGCAGCGAGACACAGCGGCUGCGGAGCGCUCGGCAUGAGGGAGCAGCGCUCCGGGAGCACCUGACUGCAUGGAUGCUUCUGGCUGAGCGGCGGCCAGCAUCGCCAGGGAGAGCCCGGAGCCAGCCCAGCCCUGCCCGUGCGGCCGCUCUGCCAACUUCGGGGGUUCUCUGCCGCCGGCGCCGAGCGGACGCAGCCCGGCUCUCCCGGACAGAGUCCCGCCGCCCCGGCGCUUCGCGGAGCCCAAGGCCGGGGGUCCCUCGGCGGCGCUCGGACCCCCCCGCGCCGGCGGGGCAUCCUCAGCCCGCGACCCGGCCCGGGACUGACGGGGCACCGCGGGCGCGAUGCAAGUGUCCAUCGCCUGCACGGACCACAACUUGAAGAGUCGAAAUGGUGAAGACAGACUCAUCAGCAAGCAGAACACCACGACCCCGAACGUAGUGAAUGCAGCCCGGGCAAAAUUUCGGACGGUGGCAAUUAUCGCUCGCAGUUUGGGGACAUUUACCCCGCAGCACCACAUUUCAUUAAAAGAAUCCACCGCUAAGCAAACGGGCAUGAAAUAUAGGAACCUUGGGAAAUCCGGGCUGAGAGUGUCGUGCCUUGGACUGGGGACAUGGGUCACUUUUGGGGGUCAGAUCUCAGACGAGGUGGCCGAGCAGCUGAUGACCAUCGCCUACGAGAGCGGCGUCAACCUGUUCGACACGGCCGAGGUGUACGCGGCCGGCAAGGCUGAGGUCAUCCUGGGCAACAUCCUGAAGAAGAAGGGCUGGAGGAGGUCCAGUCUGGUCAUAACAACAAAGCUGUACUGGGGUGGAAAAGCUGAAACGGAGAGAGGCCUUUCAAGGAAACACAUCAUUGAAGGGCUGAAGGCUUCUCUCCAGAGGCUGCAGCUGGAAUAUGUGGACGUGGUCUUUGCCAACCGGCCGGACAACAACACCCCCAUGGAAGAAAUUGUGCGGGCGAUGACGCACGUGAUCAACCAGGGCAUGGCCAUGUACUGGGGCACGUCCCGCUGGAGCGCCAUGGAGAUCAUGGAAGCCUACUCCGUGGCCAGGCAGUUCAACAUGAUCCCACCCGUGUGUGAACAAGCAGAAUAUCAUCUGUUCCAGAGAGAGAAAGUGGAGGUUCAGCUGCCAGAGCUAUAUCACAAAAUUGGGGUGGGAGCAAUGACAUGGUCCCCGCUGGCCUGUGGGAUCAUCUCAGGGAAAUACGGCAACGGGGUCCCAGAGAGCUCAAGGGCUUCCCUCAAGUGCUACCAGUGGCUGAAGGAGAAGAUCAUCAGCGAGGAGGGCAGGAAGCAGCAGGGGAAGCUGAAGGACCUGUCGCCCAUCGCCGAGCGCCUCGGCUGCACCCUGCCCCAGCUGGCUGUCGCAUGGUGCCUGAGGAAUGAGGGCGUGAGCUCUGUCCUUCUGGGAUCUUCCAACCCGGAGCAGCUGAUAGAGAACCUCGGAGCCAUCCAGGUCCUUCCAAAGAUGACAUCCCACAUCGUGAAUGAAAUAGAUAAUAUUCUGGGCAACAAGCCCUACAGCAAGAAGGACUACAGAUCCUAAUGCAAUGCAUGAGCUCCCUGGACUGCAUGGUUUCCAAGUGCUCUGUACAGCAGUACAGCCCUGAGUUAAUCUCUGGUCAUGAGAAUCAUUCAGCACCUGCUGCUCGGUGUCUCCUGUCACUGGACCUUUUGAGAUGUGUGCUCUUGCUACUAAUCUGCAGUGAAAUCUAAAAGCACAGUUGAUCUCUCUUCUAACCAAGAAUAAUCUCGUAUUUUCUUACCUUCGACCGAAUUCAUUAAUUUUUACUUUCCUCUUUUGCACCUCAUGCUUGUGCUGUGAAAAACACUUGUAAAGCAAAAAAAAAAUAAUUAAUAAUUUAUAACCUUCAGGUACUUGGUAAUUAAAGAAGGAUGUACAGAUCUAUUUUUUCAAUGAAGAAAAGCCAGAUACAACUUCAGGUUUUAAUAAAACCACGUUUGGGAAAUCUCAACUAUAAAGUUUCUUCAGGUUAACAGAUGGAAGGGGCAAGCUCAGACUUUGUUUGCUUUUAUAUGCUGAAUAUAAGCUUUAGGUUUUGUUUGUAGUUGAAUAAAAGCUGUAAGACAGAGAAUUAGGUAGAUAGUUCAGCUCCUAACUGUACAGUAAUUCCAGCUGUGGAGUGCUCCUGGGAAACAUCCCUGAGCAGUGUUAGGAAACCCAACCUCGCAUGUCAGGUUACUGAACCAACAGCUCUCUGCAAAAUUCUACUUCUCCAUAAACCUUAAACCAAGAAAGCCAUGAUUAAAUAUUGGGUUUUGCAUAUAUAGAAACCUGCCUCUACUUCUGCCUGCUUGUAGACAGAGCUACUGCAAAUUUCAAUAUUCAGGAGCUUUUAAGGAUAUAGACACUUAUAAAUAUAUAUAUAACUGCUGAGAAACUCCCAGGAAAAAUCAGGUACGUAUUUCGAAAGGCUACAUCUGCUUUAUUUUGGAAUCGGGGAUAAGUAAAUGCAUAGACUCAUUUUAAACAGAUUUUUGUGAGCAUUUACAGGAGUUGAUAGCAAGGAUGUACAUAUUAAUUUGCCCAGCUGAAGAACCACGUUGUACUUUCCCGUGGAUUUGCUCUGUACGACUCCUAUGAUUUCAGUCUGUAUUUCUCAUGUCCUUCCUGGGACACAGCUCUGUACAGUAUUUGUAGGACCCUUGUACUUGAGUCCCCAAGCCCAGGGCUCACCUGGGCCAGGUGAGCAGCCCCCAGGGCUGAGUUGUCUCCUCCUGUAUUCGAAGCUGUGGUCUGUGUAAAUGACUCCUGCUGUAUAUGAGACCUGCAGUCCGAUGGAUCCUGCUUGGACACAAUAAAAGCAUUUUGUGCAUCUGA